AUACAGAAUGGAUAAAAUCGUGAAUUCGGUUUGUAAUUUUAGUUGCGUGGAUUUUCCUCAGUUACCCACAGGAACUGACUGUGUUGCUGCUUUCUCUUUCCUCCUGCUGCCAACCUGAGAAGCGCUCUCUUCCCGUGGACUACCAGGCUAAUGAAAAGUGCUAGCCACACAGAGUCCACCAUUGGCUGUCCCGACUGCCGAGGCUGGCAGGCAGUGGCGACAGGGAAGGACCGGACCGACGGACCUUUUUGGUGGAAAUACCGAGAGAAGAACAGCAACUCGGGCAGAAACGAAGGGAAUAUAAGUUUCUGUUCGUGGUUUGGAUUUUCCAAACGGACCAGAACAUCGCUAACGUUCAAUGUUAGCUGUAAGUUUUCGAGCCGAGCAGUGAUGUGGUGACGCGACUCCGCCGAAUCGACGGGAAGCUAAUGUUAGCUGAUGCGCUAACGUUACUUGAUAGAUUUAUAAUUUCAGCAGAGCUUUGGAGAGUUAUUUCAGGAUUUUAAAAACUGAUUUUAGUAUUUUCGAUCAUGUACAACAAGUAGUUAUGAGGUGUUGUAUCAUGUUGUCUACUUUUUUUACGAAAUAGAGCCUAACCUACAUUAUCUUAGCUAAGUUAGUAUAUGAAACUAGCAAGUGUUAGCUACCUAGCUGGCUAGUGGCUAACGUUGGCUAGCAGUCGACUUUAAACUGACUUCAAGCCAAAGAACUCUGCUUCAAAUUAGCUAAGGCUAGCCGGGCUACCACUGUUUCCACGUCACCCAACUCUAUCAUCACAUGUCUACCUGUUAUGAAAUGUUAUAUUCGGCAUGAUGAACUUUAUAAUAGAGGACGACCACUUAUUUUCAUAAGCAAAGAUAGACACUUUACUUGCAGAUCCUGAUAUGCAAUCACCGAAUCACCAGCUUACUUAAUGCUAGCUUGCUAACGCCGAGUUAGCCGGCCAAACUUGGAAUACUGCCCCCUGCUCACUUUAUGUGGGUUUCGUUCUGAGGCCUUGAGGAAACUAUCCCCUUUUCACCGAGAAGACCCUUUUCACAGCCUUAAUGCAUCCCAGCCUCUGAACGGAAUUCAUGUGCUCCGAGUGACUCUGGAUGUUUGAAGCUUGGCAGACUGUAAACAUAAAUCGGAGUACCUGGACUGCUGACGUUUGCUCGGCGUCAUAAAAUAACGUGGAUUCCUGCAGCAUUUGGAAUAACGUUAGUCUUUAAAGAUGAUGUGCGAGGUGAUGCCUACUAUCAGCGAGGCCGAAGGGCCCGGCGGAGGAGGUGGUGGUGGUCGUCGUGGCUCUGGCUCCCCGCUGCAGUCUGACUCAGAGGGUCACUUUGAGUCUCUGAUGGUGUCCAUGCUGGAGGAGAGGGAUCGUCUUCUUGACACUCUGAGAGAGACUCAGGAGAAUCUGGGCUUGACCCAGAGCAAACUGCACGAAGUUAGUCACGAGAGGGACUCGCUGCAGAGACAACUUAACACUGCUUUGCCACAGGAGUUUGCUGCACUAACGAAGGAGCUGAACGUGUGCCGAGAGCAGCUGCUGGAGAAGGAGGAGGAGAUCGCAGAGCUGAAGGCAGAGCGGAACAACACACGGCUUCUGUUGGAGCACUUGGAGUGUCUGGUUUCUCGCCAUGAGCGCAGUCUGAGGAUGACUGUGGUGAAGAGACAGGCUCAGUCUCCAGCAGGAGUCUCGAGUGAAGUGGAGGUCCUCAAAGCCCUUAAGUCACUUUUUGAACACCACAAAGCCCUCGAUGAGAAGGUGAGGGAGCGACUUCGCGUUGCCUUGGAAAGAUGCAGCGUGCUGGAGGAACAGCUGACCAUCUCACACAAAGAAUUGGCUUACCUCAGGGAGCAGAACAGCCAGAAGAGAGGGCUGGCAGAUGGAACGAGCGAGGUCAACCACAACUCUGAAAACACGCCAAGCACUAAUGGCAAGCGUUCAUCGGAUGGUUCGCUGAGUCAGGAGGAGGAGUCGGGGCCUACGUUUGGGAAGGUUGGCGAGCUCCAGGAGGUGGUGGACCGUCAGAUGGCUGAUCUGGGCCAGAUGAAGGAGCGCAUGGCUUCUAUGGUUUCACGCAUCAGUGAGCUGGAGGAGGACCUGGACACGGCCCGAAAGGACCUCAUCAAGUCCGAAGAGAUGAACACGCGGCUACAGAGAGACCUGAGAGAGUCGAUGGCUCAGAAGGAAGACAUGGAGGAGAGGAUCACCACCCUGGAGAAGCGCUACCUGGCAGCUCAGCGGGAGGCCACCUCCGUCCACGACCUGAAUGACAAGCUGGAGAAUGAAGUGGCCAACAAGGAGUCUCUCUUCAGACAAACCGAGGACAGAAACCGGCAGCUCCAAGAGAAGCUGGAGUUGGCUGAGCAGAAGCUGCAGCAGACCAUCCGCAAGGCAGAGACUCUGCCUGAGGUGGAAGCAGAGCUCGCCCAGAGAGUAGCUGCCCUCACAAAGGCAGAGGAACGUCAUGGCAAUGUGGAGGAGAGACUGAGGCAGCUGGAGGCUCAACUGGAGGAGAAAAACCAGGAGCUGCUCAGGGCGCGACAGCGAGAGAAGAUGAAUGAGGAGCAUAACAAGCGUCUGUCUGAGACGGUGGACAAACUCCUUUCAGAGUCCAACGAGAGACUCCAGCUUCACCUCAAAGAGCGCAUGUCUGCUCUGGAGGAUAAGAAUGCCCUGAUAAGAGAACUGGAUCACACCAAGAAGCUGAUUGAGGAGUCUCACCAUGAGAAGGAGCAGCUCCUGAUCCAGAUUGAGACCAUGAGGGCGGAGAGCGAGCAGGGUAGGAGCAGGAGCAACUCCUUACUACACGGACGGUCUCAGCUGGGCAGCACUCCAGAUUUCAGGUAUCCAGUGUCAGCUUCCUCAAUGAUGGACAGUAACUCAGACCACUAUGGCAGCGCUCUUGUGCUGAGACGGCCUCAAAAAGGACGCAUGGCGGCGCUCCGGGACGAGCCGUCCAAGGUGCAGACUUUGAAUGAGCAGGAGUGGGAGCGCAUGCAGCAGGCCAACGUGCUAGCAAAUGUGGCCCAGGCUUUUGAGAGUGACAUGGAUGCUUCAGAUCUGGAUGAGGAUCGAGAGACGAUUUUCAGCUCGGUGGACCUGCUGUCUCCUGGCGGGCAGGCAGACGCGCAGACUCUCGCUUUAAUGCUGCAGGAGCAGCUGGAUGCUAUCAACAAUGAAAUUAGAAUGAUCCAGGAGGAGAAGGAGAGCACAGCCAUCCGAGCAGAGGAGAUUGAAGGCCGGGUAGGCAGCGGCGACAGCCUGGGAGGACGUUUCCGUUCAAUGAGCUCCAUCCCUCCGUCGCUGUGCGCGGGCUCCUCGUUGGGAGGCUCGCCCCCAGGCUCGGGCCAUUCCACCCCCAGAGGCAUUCCCCGCAGCCCCAACAGAGAACUGGACCGAAUGGGUGUCAUGACCUUGCCUAGUGACCUGCGCAAGCACCGCAGGAAGUCUGCUCAGGAUGACAAGGCCACUAUCCGAUGUGAGACGUCACCUCCCACCACUCCACGCUCCAUGCGCCUGAACAGGGAGGCGGGGCAUGCAGCGAGCCACGAGGACAUCAGAGACAUUCGAGGCCUGGCUGGCCUGCAGGACGGCCAGGGAAGCAACCCCAGCAGUAGCAACAGCAGCCAGGACUCCCUCAACAAAGCAGCCAAGAAGAAGAGUAUCAAGUCUUCCAUUGGACGCCUCUUUGGGAAGAAGGAGAAGGGCCGACCCAGCAUUCCCGGCAAGGACUCCCCCAGCCAAGCUGGCACUCCGGAGGCAGAGAGCUCUCCUAAGGAUGGCUUAGGAAUGGGCACCCUGGGAGGUCCUGCAGAGAAGAACCGAAAGCUGCAGAAGAAUCCAAAGACAGGGCAUGAAUUACUGGAGGAGGCUCGCAGGCAGGGCCUUCCAUUCGCCCAGUGGGACGGGCCGACUGUUGUGGUUUGGCUGGAGCUGUGGGUGGGCAUGCCAGCCUGGUAUGUGGCCGCUUGCCGUGCCAACGUGAAGAGCGGCGCCAUCAUGUCAGCGCUGUCAGACACAGAGAUCCAAAGGGAGAUCGGUAUCAGCAACCCGUUGCACCGCCUGAAACUUCGCUUGGCCAUCCAGGAAAUCAUGUCUCUCACCAGCCCUUCUGCACCGCCAACCUCCAGAACGUCCACAGGAAACGUUUGGGUCACACAUGAAGAAAUGGAAAGUUUGGCAGCCACACCUCCCACGGAGGAUGACGAGGGUAGCUGGGCCCAGACGUUGGCGUAUGGAGACAUGAACCAUGAGUGGAUUGGGAAUGAAUGGCUGCCCAGUCUGGGUUUGCAGCAGUACCGCUCCUACUUCAUGGAGUCCCUGGUGGACGCUCGCAUGCUCGACCACCUCACCAAGAAGGACCUCCGGGGACAGCUCAAAAUGGUGGAUAGCUUCCACAGGAACAGCUUUCAGUGUGGAGUGAUGUGUCUGAGGAGGCUCAACUAUGACAGGAAGGAGUUGGAGAGGAGAAGGGAAGCGUCUCAGCAGGGGCCUCAGGAAGUCUUGGUGUGGACUAACGAACGUGUGAUCGGUUGGGUUCAGUCCAUCGGGCUGAAAGAUUACAGCAGCAACCUUUACGAGAGCGGAGUCCACGGAGCGCUGCUCGCCCUGGACGAAACCUUCGAUCACAACACCCUGGCCCUCCUGCUGCAGAUCCCCACGCAGAACACACAGGCCAGAGCAACUCUUGAGCGUGAAUAUAACAAUCUGCUGGCCGUCGGCACAGACAGGAGAAUGGAGGAGGAGGACGACAAGAACUUCCGCCGAGCUCCGUCAUGGAGGAAGAAGUUCAGGCCCAAAGACAUGAGGGGGAUGUCUUUGGGUGCGUCAGACACCCUGCCUGCCAACUUCCGCGUGACCAGCAGCAGCAGCGCAGCGUCUCCCUCCACGCAGCCAAAGAGGAGCCCGAUGGACGGUAACCGCUGGUCAGAAGAUGAAGGGGAGUUUCCCGCCUUCAAGACCAGGAUGAUGAACUGAAAUGACUUGCAAGGACACUAAACAGAUAUUGUUUUUGUCGUCAUGACAGAGAAAGACAUUUCUCACCGAUCUCAGUAUCCCUACAGGAAGCUUUUAGAUUCAUCCACAUUUGUUCUGAUAUUUAUGUAAACCAAUGGGACAUUUUAAUUGAUUUUAUGUAAUCGUUGUUUUUGCCGCUAUCCCCUUAAUCAAUCCACUUUUUAAAAAACAUUUCUCCACUGUGCCCAUAUUAAGCUCAGCUCUCAGAUGUAUGUAACUGAAUGUUUCAGCUGUCUGGAGUUUGUAUAUUUUUACCAACAGACAUUUUAUCUAAUCUUUUUUAUAAUCCUGAUUCUAUUGACCAGAUGUAUGUUUUUUUUUCCCCUCCUCUCUUUGAUUUGAAUUCUAAUCAUCAAGUUUAUGCUUAAGUGACUUUGAUAUGUGAUAUAACUUAAUUCAUAUCCUUUGCCCUUUUUAACAGUUGUAAUUUUUGUAGCUUAUUACCUGUGAUUUUUGUGUAAAUUCAGCUCUUAGGUCAACGGAUUUGUGAGUAUCAGACAAAUUGCUGGAGUUGUCGGACUGUUUCACAAAUUGCUCAACACUGUGAGUCAUCUAUCACCGUUACAAUAACUGCUGGCGAGCCAGGUGAUGGUGACGGCAGAUAUCACGUGUAACACAGUAUAUUUUUCUCUCUCUUUUCUCUCUUUGUUUCCAUAUCUGCAAAACCAAAAUGAAACUCUUGAAUUUAAGAAUUAAAGCCAUAUAACGGUAGCGAAAACAAAACAGAGGGCUUCUUUCGGAUGCAAACAGAAUUCGAGGUUCUCUCUAGUUGACCUUGCAUGCAGAAACCUCUCCACUUACCCCCUCCGUGACGCACACCAACAGCUCGCCCCUUUAACAAAAACAAACCUCCCUUGCACACGGACUCGCUCGUACAGGAAGACGUGAAGCGUACAGAUGAGUCAAAAGUGUGGCAACUCCUUCGAUGGACCAACUUCACUGAGGCCUCAGUCGAACCCCGCUGUGACUACGUAACCCUCAGGGCGGCGCGAUCCACCCACAGACCUUUUUUUAACAACGCUUUGUACGAAGAUUUCAUAUCAAGCCUUAUUGUUUCUUAAUUUCUCUCUGUCGUCUGUUCUUAUUUAUUACCACGCAUUUUGUCACGUGUACUUUCAUAGCUGAAGCCCCAGUUUGCUCCUAUGAAUGUAGCAAUGCUCUUCAAGUUUGUCCCACCUACGAUCCCAACACAGGUUCCACCGUUAGUUUCCAUGACAAAUGAGAAGGAACCGACGAGUUUUCUUUUUCACACGACGUAGUUCAA